UUGCGAGAGCUUAGCCCUGGGGACAGGUAUUAAUCUGGCAGCGCCGCUUUCUGUCUUCCUCUGAGCCGCCUGCCCCUGUGCCGUGUUUUAAGGCAGGAGGAGGAAGGGUUUGGCUGUCACGGUGCCUCUGUGCAGGGAGGAGACCGAGUAGAGGAUGAGGGAUGAGUAACUAGCAUGGCAUCCAAGGGUUGGCUGCAAAAGGCUUUAGAACGGAUGCGUCCUUACUUGUGUGAUAAAAUCAUAGCUGAGAGACAUUUUGAUUACCUACGUUCAAAGAAAAUCCUCACAAGAGAAGAUACAGAAGAAAUUUCUUCCAGAUCUUCCAGUAGGAAAAAAACUGGGAAGUUACUGGACUACUUAGCAGAAAACCCAAAGGGACUAGAUUUUUUAAUUGAAUCCAUCAGACGAGAAAGAACACAAAACUUCCUGUUACAAAAGAUAACUGAUGUGGUGUUAAAAGUAAAAAAUGAAAAACUUGAAGCUCUCAAAGGUCUAAGCUGCAGCACCUGUAUGACCUCACUGUAUGGAGGAACAAACAAUCUUUCUAGAUCGUAUUCUGAUGAAUCCAAUUUUUUUGAUAAAACAAAAGACAAGGAAUCUACCCCAAUAUACCAUCCAGAAGAAGAUUACAGCACCGCUGCCUUUGUGUCUGCCGUCUCCCUUCACUCCAUGAACGUGCCAGUUGCGGAGAUGGGAAAUGCAGCACGUGCUGUGUUCUCGGGCACCCUUCCAGGGCCUGGCGAUCCCGGCGCUCCUCCACUCCCCCCAGAGCUCCAGGCAGAGCAGCAGGAGCCCUGCACUAGUUCCAGUGACAAUUGCUUUUUGCCUCUAAGAUCACGUUCUCUUCAGCCCCAGUGAACAUAACAACUUCUCUGUUGAUCCCAACGUACUGAAACUUUGUGUGAUGCUUUAGAACGUUCUAAAUUGUCUUCAAACUUAACUAGCAAUAUCAGAGGAAGCAAUCGAUGCAAUUUACUGUUUUAAAGGGGUAAUUUGAUUUUUGUAAUUGAGUGACUCUGGAGCUGCUUGAUCUAUGUUUUUUAGGGAGCUUUUUCUACUUUUCAAAAGAUCAUGGUAUUAUACCUGCAAAGAUUUGCUUUUUAAAGCAGUGUGUUUAAGACUUCACGUUUGGCUGCAGAUACUUAAGCUGCAGUUAUGGAGCAAAGGGGUGUUUUCUUCCUACAGAACCUUACAAAUCUGCUUUUCUUAAUGUUUCUGUGAUGGGUGAAUUUGGAAAGAUAAUUAGAAAAAAUAUUGAGUAUUAAAAAAUUCUGAAUAAGAAGUUUAAACGUUCUUACCAAAAACCUUGAACUUGUUUACCAAAUUAAAUGUUCCUCUGUAGGAUAAAUUCUGCCUUCUAUGUAUGUGUAUGCAGCUCCAUUUCCAAAAAGCCCUGAAAUCUGGACAAAUCUGUAGCUAUGCUUGUUUGCGAGAUGUCUCUGAAUUGUCUGGACUUUGUGUAGUAAACCAAAAUCACAGUGAGGUGGGACAGCAAACGUACUUGCACAAAUCUCUGCGUAUGGUUCUCGUGUGUGUGCGUUAGAGAUUUGUGAUUUGAGAUGCACUUUAAACACAAAUUCUCAUUAGUACUGGAAAAGGAACAUAAACUGCUGUAACAGCAUCACCUGGGCUGUAAGAAAAUAUCACUGGGGAAUGCUCUUUGUCACUGUAUCAUGCUAUUAAGAAACAAAGCUGGUAUGUUUUGUUCUAGUAGGGAAGUGGAGGAGGAGUCCUGUAGCAAGGAAGGGUCGGUACCUGAAAGACUCUUGGAAGUGUUGCACUUCAGAUACCUACUCUUCAAAGCAGAUAGACACGUUUACAUUUCAGAUUGUUUAGAGUCGAAUGCAUUUUAAACUAUUUCAACAUGGGAAGGUUCUCAUUUCUUGACACAAUGUAACAUGCUCUGUUCCUCUCAUACUCUACUCUUGAGCUGUAAUCUAGUUUUUACAAAGCAGGCCUAUGAUCACUUUAAAAUUACCAAUCAAAGGCAAACUCUUACUUGGGAAUGUGUACAGUUGUGUUCUGCAGGAUGGGACUUUAGCGGGAUGCUUUGACAUAUCAAAGGGUAGGUUUGUAUUUAAGGCUUUAAAUGAUUUUGGCUCUCGUACAGCGCUGAAGCCAUGUAAUUCCAUUCCAGUUCAAACCCAGGUAAGCUGUGUUCUCCUGUGGAGACAGGCCAUCUGCAGGACCUCAGCAUCGUUUCUGGGUGUUUUUUUUCAUGUUUACUCUGGUUUUGAAAGUAGAUUAAAAUAAACUGCAAUGCUCACCUACA